AUGGCCGAAACAGCAGGAGAGGGGCCGCCAGGAGGACCAUAUUUUAACAAAGAGAGAAUUAAAUACAGCCCUGAGGAGGAGGCCAAGCUGGAGAGGCAGCAUUUCUGGAGAAUUAUCGACGCUUUUAGAUUUUACAGGGUCCAUGUCCAAGAGCAGGUCAAGCGUGCCGAGCGUCAGUUUCUCAGCCUGCCGCAACACCACCAGGAUUUGCUGCCAGAUGUUAUGUCCAACCUGGCCAGGAUCAGCCAGUGUGCGGACCACAACCAGGAGAUUCUGCAGGCCAUCAUUCACAACAGCCUCCACAUGUUUGAAAACAUUGAGUACGGCGAGAGGGAAGAUCCGCGGAAGGUGCGUCCUUCCACCACGUUUGACAUGGACAAGCUCAAGUCCACCAUAAAGCAGUUUGUCAGAGACUGGAGCGAGACAGGCCGUUCUGAGAGGGAAACCUGCUACCAGCCCAUCAUCCAAGAGAUCCAAAGACUAUUCCCAAGUGACCAAUAUGAUGUGUCUAAGGUGAGCGUGCUGAUUCCGGGUGCUGGGCUUGGCCGUCUAGCCUGGGAGAUAGCACGGCUGGGGUACAUUUGCCAGGGCAAUGAAUGGAGCUUCUUCAUGCUGUUCUCUUCAAACUUUGUUCUCAAUAGGUGUGAGAAGGUGAACUCUCUGACCCUGUACCCCUGGAUCCACCAGUUUAGCAACAACAAGAAAUCCUCGGACCAAACACGACCAAUCAGAUUCCCUGAUGUCAACCCGCAGAGCUUACCGCUAGAUUCAGACUUCUCCAUGGUAGCAGGGGACUUUGUGGAAGUCUACAGUGACUCAGAUUCCUGGGACUGUGUGGCUACCUGCUUCUUUAUUGACACAGCUCAUAAUGUCAUUGAGUAUAUGGAGACCAUCUGGAAGAUUCUUAAGCCUGGAGGUGUGUGGAUCAACCUGGGUCCGCUGCUGUACCACUUUGAGAAUAUGGCCAAUGAGCUGUCAGUUGAACUAAGCUACGAAGACAUUCGGACAGCGAUUGUUAACUUUGGCUUCCACAUAGAGGUGGAGAGAGAGUCAGUUCAGACCACCUACACAGAGAACGACCGCUCGAUGUUGAGGUACAUUUACGACUGUGUCUUCUUUGUGGCACGAAAACCUGCAGACCUGUACUUUAACAGUCAAGAAGAAGAAGAUGACCAACAACAGAGUUCCUCGCCGGCUGCUAAGUCACCACGGCGAGAAGGUACAGACAGCCUGACGUGACAGGAAAUUUUUAACAACAACACUGAACGUAGAGGCGUGCAACUGUUAACUAAGCAAAAGGAAUAUGGACACAACAGGAAAAAAAAUGUGGACAUCAAUUUUCUUUUAUGUCAUAUGUAUUUUUUAUGAUGCAUCUCAUGGAGGAAUGUGCCCAACUCUGAAGGCCCUGAGCCAGGAGUAAUAGAUGAGUCCAUUACUCUUGGUUUCUAUUUUCUUUAAGUGGUUUGUGUUUUAGUUACAAGCCAUGAAGAGUUUUUAAAAAGAAAAACUGUGCUCCUGCCUGCUUGACUGCCUGCGGUCUUAUCAAUUCCCAUCUUUAUUGACUUUCACUGCCUGCCUGAGUGAGUGAGUGAGUGAGUGAGUGAGUGAGUGAGUGAGUGAGCGAGCGUGUGUGUGAGAGUGUGUGUGUGUGUGUGAGAGAGUGUGUGAGUGUGUGUGUGAAUGAGUGUGUGCUUGAUGAUGAUAUUAGCAUUUGAAAUCUAUUUAUUUUUUUCAAAUAUGGUGCCAAUGACUUUAUCCACUUAUUUGCAUUGCUCAUCAGUCAACACCGAAAAUGUAAUCAAACCAUGUUUCCACUUUUCAGAAAUAAGUUGUUUUUAAGUUGGAGAUGACUUUUAUCACCUUUUCUGGUUUCUCAUCACACUUUGUAAUAAAG